AUGACGCGCACUCAAAAAAAGAUCACCCUUGCUGGAACCACACGACCACUGGAGACCACAGUCGCACUCGUGGCACACUACUCGAAAGGCAGUUAUUACAUCUUUGAAAACAACGAUACAUGGUACAUUGGGCUCGGCACCUAUGCAUCUUUGAUAUUUGAUGCACAAGGCCGAACAGCUACCAGGACAAGUAGUGACGGCCAAUCAGAAUCUACGGCUAUCACGGGCUCACCCACAGACCUGAUUAGAGAUUUUGUCUCCAAGUAUUCCAGCCAUGGGAAAAUAUUUGGCCAUGUGGGAUUUAACUAUUCCGCACGGUGCUCCGGCCAAGCUUUCGAACCGGGUCAAUGGCCAAUGUUGAGCCUCAUAGUUCCUAGCGUGCAGGUUACUAUUGACCGGAGUAAGGUCACAGUCACGGGAGGUGACGAUGAAGAUAUACGCCGAGCAACCGAGCAGAUCAAAAGAAUGCUGGAAGCGGAGCUGGCCGAAGACAUUGCCCUGCCAUCUCCUGUCCCAGGCAAGAUAAACCUGAAUGUGGAUGCAAAGACAUAUCAGACCCGCGUAGCUAAUGCGAUCGCGGAUAUUUCCGAAGCCAAAUAUACCAAGGCAAUCCCAUCCAGGAAGGUACCUUUGGACUUUCGGGUUGAUAUGUUAGCAACACUUCUUCACGGCCGACGGGCCAACAAUCCCGCGCGCACGUUCUCCUUCAAUCACAACGGCAUCCAGGCGACUGGCUUCAGCCCCGAAGUACUUCUUAGCAUCAACGGUGAGGAUGCCUAUACAGAAGCACUGGCCGGAACUCAGCUGUCAAACUCCGCCAAAGCCAGCCUCGAUCCGUUCGACAAUAAACUCCACAAUGAUACCAAAGAGGUCGCCGAACACGUCAUUGCUAUCAAAGGCUCUAUCCGCCGGUUAAGUAAGCUAUGCGAACCAGACUCAAUUGCGAUCAAGGAUUUCAUGAAGGUUAUGCCGAGAGGAAGCGUACAGCACCUACAUUCUCAUGUGUGCGGACACCUGAAGCCGGGAUGCGAUGGUUGGGAUGCUCUGCCGGGCCUCAUAGCCAAUAUUACCGUGCCUGGAUUACCAGGAGACGGCAACUCGGAUGCAAUGAAGUCCUUCGAGCCAGACCCGAGGGAUCUUUAUUGUGGUGCAGUGCUUAUGUUGGAUGACAGCUCAAAACUGUUUGAUGCUACUCUGGUGCUUCGCACAGUAUUCCAGGAUGAGACUCGGCAAUGGUUACAGGCUGGGGCUGGUGUGACCAUCAACUCCAACCCGGAACGCGAAUAUGCUGAAACAUGUGAGAAGCUGGGGAGUGUGGCACCCUUCGUAGUUCCAGCUUCUACUCAGGUUUGA